GGCUGGCAUGCAUAAAUGCAUGGCACGUGUCAUCACACAACAAUGUCGGGCCAAGCUUGAAAACGUAAACGGUAUUCUGUCUUUCGUGAAAUAGAAAAAUGGCUGACUACGUCGUGAGCUCCGAAGGCAAAACACCACAUCCCGCCAUCGAUGAUGGCCUAACGGGAUCAACGCUGUUUACAUCGGGGGAUGGACUGACGUACAAUGACUUUCUGAUCUUGCCAGGGUACAUUGACUUCACAUCAGAUGAAGUGGAUUUGACCUCGGCAUUAACCAAAAAGAUCAUCUUGAAAGCCCCGCUCGUGUCCUCCCCCAUGGAUACAGUGACAGAGUCAUCCAUGGCCAUCGCCAUGGCGUUGUGUGGCGGCAUAGGUAUAAUACAUCAUAAUUGCACUCCGGAAUUUCAAGCUAAUGAAGUACGCAGAGUAAAGAAAUAUGAACAGGGUUUCAUCCUGGAUCCCGUCUGUAUGGGUCCUGAUGACACGGUCGGCUGUGUCUUCUCUGCCAAGGUAGCGCACGGCUUCUCUGAUGAAGAACAAUCACAAAAGAAAUCCAAAUCCAUAUUUGGUAUCCCCAUCACGGAGACCGGAUCCCUAGGAGGCAAGCUCCUUGGCAUUGUCACGGCCCGUGAUAUUGAUUUCCUGAAGGCCGACUCCUACAACACUCCCUUGAAGGAGGUGAUGACCAGACGGGAGGAGCUGGUGGUUGCCUUGGCCAAUGUCACACUCAAGGAAGCCAACGUGCUCCUGCAGAAAUCCAAAAAGGGUAAGCUGCCAAUCGUCAAUGAGAAAGAUGAGUUGGUGUCGCUGAUCUCGCGAACCGAUCUCAAGAAGCAUCGGGAGUUUCCCCUGGCCUCCAAAGACUCUCACAAACAGCUUCUAGUAGGAGCGGCCAUCGGGACCAGAGAAGACGACAAAGUUAGACUAGAGUUACUGGCGCAGGCUGGCGUGGAUGUCAUUGUAUUGGAUUCUUCACAGGGUAAUUCGUCCUUUCAGGUCAACAUGGUCAAAUACAUCAAGCAGAACCACCCAGACGUCCAAGUUGUAGGAGGCAAUGUUGUGACAGCAUCCCAAGCAAAGAGCCUCAUCGAUAGUGGGGUAGAUGCCUUGAGAGUAGGCAUGGGCAGUGGUUCUAUCUGCAUCACGCAAGAAGCCGUCCCCAGCAUCACCAAAAACCCUAUGACCCUACAGGAGGGCCUACGGGCCAAUGUCUUGAUGGCAGUAGGACGUCCUCAGGGUACAGCGGUAUACAAGGUUUCAGAGUAUGCCCGUCACUUUGGCGUUCCAGUAGUUGCCGAUGGCGGUAUCACAUCAGUGGGCCAUAUAACAAAGGCUCUGGCACUGGGGGCUUCAACAGUAAUGAUGGGUAGUCUACUAGCGGGCACCAGUGAAGCACCAGGGGAGUAUUUCUUUUCUGAUGGUGUGAGGCUGAAGAAGUACCGGGGCAUGGGCUCCCUAGACGCCAUGGAGUCUAACAAAGCCAGCGCACAGAGAUACUUCAGCGAGCGAGACAAGCUGAAGGUGGCGCAGGGCGUAUCCGGCAACAUUGUGGACAAGGGCUCCAUUCAUAAAUUUGCCCCGUACCUUAUAGCUGGGGUCCAACACGGCUGUCAAGACAUUGGUGCUAAGAGUCUGACACAACUCAGAGAGAAAAUGUAUUCAGGGGAACUACGGUUUGAAAGAAGAACCACCUCUGCCCAGGUUGAAGGCAGCGUCCAUGGCUUGCAUUCAUUUGAGAAAAGACUUUUCUGAUCUGCAAGCCCCACCCUUCGUGGUCGCCCCUCACCUUAACUCCAUUUGUGUUUGUUCGGUGCACCAAAGAGUUUGUCUUCUCUUGUCACAUUGUUAAGUUUUUGCACGUAGCGCCCUCUUGAGUUUCAAUAGUGCCAGGUGUAGAGAAACAGUCUGCCAAUACAAGGUCCAAAUACUGGCUCGGCAAGUAUGACUGGUUACCAGUGAAAAGAAGAUACUAAUGUUAUGUGAACCAUUGACUGUGUCCAGUAGAAGCAUUGAUAAAAAAAAUCAAGACUUAACAUACGGGUGAACUUUGUUGAUUAAACAAGUUACAUGAAUUAGGCCACAGUUGACUGUCCUGUCCACACAGCAGAAAUGUGGUCAAGUAAAAUCACAAGUCAAGCAAAAGUCACUCACUUUUAUGUCAGAUAGACAGGCUAUUCAGGUUAACAUUUAAAAAGGCAUUCGUUUGUCAUUGUUCAUCCUGUUACUUUGGGCUAUCCUUGUGAUUAGAUUGCAGUGUUGUAGUCGAGUAGUGACCGGUGAGACCAAGUCAGAGUUUCGAGGUCACUCAGGUCAAGUCCGAGUCUCGAGUCACUGGGGUGGAGUCCAAGUCUGAGUGUCGAGUCAUUUGAUUCAAGCCCGAGUCACAGUCACAAGUCAUUUACUGAUGUGUACAUACGCAUAUGCAUUGUACAAAAUGGAUGUGCUUGAACAUGGACACACUUAGUGUCAAGUCAUUUGAUUCAAGUCCGAGUCACAAUCACAAGUCAUUUACCUAUGUGUACAUGUACAUGUAGGCAUAUGCAUUGCACAAAAUGGAUGUACAUGGACACACUUACGUGUUGAGUCAUUUGAUUCAAGUCCAAAUCACAGUCACAAGUCAUUUACCUAUGUGUACAUGUACAUGUAGGCAUAUGCAUUGUACAAAAUGGAUGUGCAUGAACAUGGACACACUUAGUGUCGAGUCAUUUGAUUCAAGUCCAAGUCACAGUCACAAGUCAUUCACCGAUGUGUACAUGUACAUGUAGGCAUAUGCAUUGUACGAAAUGGAUGUGCAUGAACAUGGACACACUUGCGUGUCGUGUCAUUUGAUUCAAGACCGAGUCACAGUCACGAGUCAUUUACCGAUGUGUACAUGUACAUGUAGGCAUAUGCAUUGUACGAAAUGGAUGUGCAUGAUCAUGGACACACUUACAUGUAAGCGAUAUGUAAGUGGUGUGCUGUCAUGGGAAACAGGGAGGGGCAGAAACCUCAUUAUUUGCAACACCACCUAGAGAGUAGUGCUCUACUGUUCGUGUGCUUUAAUAUUCUUUAGCUUUGCUUUAACAUUACUUUCUGAAAAUAAACAGAAGAAGUAUGUUUUUAAAAGGGUUAUUUUCUUUUGUUGAAAAAAUUUGUGAGUCACAAGUCAUUAGCGUCAAGUUUGAGUCAUGUUGAUCAAGUCCGAGUCUUUUGCUGAUUGUAACUCAAGUCAAGUCUUUAAGUCACCGAAAUUACGACUCGAGACAGACUUGAGUCCGAGUCCUGGACUCAAGCCCUACAACACUGCAGAUUUGUCAUUGACUUGUGAUUGACUGGUUGCAACUCUGCCAAGAUUCAGUCCAUUUAACCCAAAAACCUUCCUGACUACAAAACACAGGUUCAGAAAAAAAACUCACUUUUACAAAAGGGUUAGAAAGAGUUUGACAAGGGUUAUGUUCACAGUACUAUUUCCGCGUCAGUGUAUUACAUGUAUGUAUCAUCCUGUAAAGCUAAAUUGUAUUUUUGUACCCUGAACCGUGAUCAGCAAACCGGAACACUUCCCAGUAACGUUUGGAUUACUGGCCCUGAAUCCUGUCAACAGAGGGCAGGCUUUAGCAGUGGCUGGCAGAGACUUCACCUCAAACAAGAGGACUGCAGAAAUUAUGGACUGUAGGAAUUGAUCAGGAAACUGUGUUGCAUUUAAGAAUUUAGGCCGAGGGUUGCUGUUUACAAUCCUUUGCACAUUCUUGAAUGAUAGUAACAUAAAAUGUCAGUAUUUACUUAUGAUUCUGUUGAUGUAAUCAUGUACAAAUCUCAGUAGAAGGCUAGCACAUACUCGGCACAAAAGUGAACACGCAUUUAUAAAGUCAAGGCACAUUUUUGCAAUAUGAGUUCUCUAAAACUUGAACGCCUUUCAACUCUCACAAAUUUGCCUUACUUCAGCAUUUUAUGAGGUGGCUUCACUGCCUGGCCAGCUCUGUGGGCGCACACCCGUAUGCGGGUACCCGUACACAGGUGAAUGUCCACUAUGUGGUCAAACCAUAGAGCUAUAUUAAAUUACUAUAGCGCUGACUCAUGUACAAAGUGAUGCCUGCUGGGCGCAUCCAUGUUUGUGCACAAACCUAUGGAGAACUAGAAAUUGUGUACGUGUUUUGUACGGCUAUUUGCAUAUCUUCGUUUGUAUUCCAUACCGGUGCAUCAUCGAAGCCGAUUGGCCCAGAAUCGAAACGCAUGAUCAGCAAAUGAGCGUGUCAUUUUGCUCUACACAAACAGCGCAGCGCGUGUGGGUAUCCGCUGCAGAUGAUUAACUGUGUUUUUUUAACCGUAACACGCGCCUAAGAAGUUUGCCUAUGUUCUACUUGCGCGUUGCAUUUAGAGUACACUUUCAAAAUGCAAUCCAUCUAAUUUCAUUAUUCUGCAAACACGCACAUGAAUUCAAAAUGUCUGCGCCCUGGACGACUUCAACAAUGAGGAGUUAGCGCUCUAGUAAUUUAAUAUACAUGUAGCUCUAUGGGGCAAACACAACUUAAACCAAAAGUUCGUCUGUGAUAUGUGAAUUAAGCAGGCAUUUUUUACGUAAGAGAGAAUUCCCCAAGUGCGUAGGUUAUAGGCAUAUCUCAUAUCUGGAUUUUCUUCCCAAAUGAGUUAGUUUCGUUUGUCAUUUGGAUAAAUAUAUGUGUUCACAAUAAAUGUUACAAUUAGUUGGCGGACUUCACUUUAAUAACAGUAUUCACAGUGUUUAAAGGACAAAAAAAACGAGGUUUACCACAAAAGUAUUUUUGAUGAAACUUAAAGCGGAACCUAUUGUUUUAAAGAAAGUACUACAUUUUAUUAAACGAUGUCGUUUUGAUUUGGUCAGUUGAAUGUUUCAAGUAACUACACACACAGUAUGCAAAGAGAUUGUUCUAGACACAGUGUGCCCUAUGUGAGUUUUCACAUGUUAUUGUUUUACAGGUUGUCCCACAAAAAAAAUCUAUCAGUCGAAUCGGGCAUGUUUUCAGAAAAGUGGGGGUAGUAUUCAAAAUUGUAUCUAAUGUACUGCUGAGUAGAAUAAUUGGUCUUCCAAAUGCUUUUUAGUUGGUUUCAUUAGGAUAUUUUGUUGCAAUCACAAUAGCGGACUUGAAAAACCACUUGGGCCACUUUUUUUAUUUCUCAGGUUUACAGAUCGAAGCCAGUCACACGUUACUCUUGAACAAAGGAAAUAAAUCCUUUGUGUGUUUCUCUAACUGCGCUUUCUCACUUUCAAGGAAAGUGGUCCAAGACGAUUUUCAACCCUUGAGUUCGAUGAAGCAUAGCGUUUAUUCCAAUACAUCAAUUUGAAUGAAAAAUUGUAUGGUAGAUUGGUUAUCUGACUUAAGAGGCAAUUUGAAAAUAUUCCACAAGUCAUAUGCAGUAUACCUUUAGUAAUGGGUUUUCGACUGUUAAGUUUUUUGUGGGACAACCUGAAGAUUGUUAAAAGAGAGCUGAAUGAUGGUUUGAAAAGAACUGGUUUCUGCACCAUCUCGGAUUUGGGAAGGUUCUUGAAGGUUCCUAGCCAAAUCUCAAUUCAAACUCCUCUGUUUUGUCUGAUUUAGUUAACUUCUCUCUCAAGAAGAAUUGCAUCUUUGUGUAGAACUGUGUCACCUACUUCCUAGUGUUUAUUUGCACUACUUAAGUGUUAACAUUACUUAAUGUAUGAUGGUACUGUAAAAUGACCAAAUAAGUGUGUGGCUGUAUUGUGAUUUGUUUUUGUUGACUUGCAACUUGUGCAACUUGUGGUCAUAACUUAUUCGUUUUGAAUCGUGUUGUACCAAAACAAGGCUUUUUCAAAUUUAAAUCAUUUUGUUCAGUUUUGUUUAAAGAGAAAGUGUCAAAUAGAUCCCGUGAUCUAGUGGAAAAACUAAAAUCAGGGUAGUAGCAUUAAAACGUGUCGCAUAAAAUUUCUUUGAUUAAAAAAAAAUCGUUUUACUUUCCUCUAUGCCAUUUUUGGUUUGGGAUAAGAAUUAUGUUUAGUGGUGGUAGUUGAAGUUCGAUGACCCAUAGCUCAAUUGUGAACAGUAAAGAAAAAAAUGUACUUCAAUUUGUUUCAGAUAGCUUUAAUAAUGAAACAAUUAGGAUCAAUUUGUUCUUUUUUGAAGACGUGUUUAAAUGUGGAAAGUGUUUUUGUUUGUUGUUUUUUCUUCUUUUUUUUGCAAGGGUUGACAUUGUAAUUAUUGAGCAUUAAUGAUUUAAAAGUUCCAAACUUGAUGUGAUGAUACAACACUAAUUUGUGUGAAAGAGUAAUUAUGUACGUAAAGGCGUAUAGGGUCAUUUGUUUUUCAUGCAUUUUUUCGUUUUCAAUAAUAACGCCACUCGAAAUCCAAAGAAGAAUGUUCAAAACCUAACCUGUUAAUCCUAACUCCCUAGGGGGUGCGCAAAAUUGUAUUGAAAUUGGAUGAUUCAGGACUGUUAAGGAGUUUCAGCUCGGUGGAUAUAACACUUUUUACGGAAAAAAAGUGAAAAACCAUGCACAAUUUUUUGAUAAAGAAAUACGAUUAUCGUCAAUAGUACUUGUUAUUCCCCAAAAUCUGUCAAUUGACUCUGUUGGAAAUCACCAAAAUUUCUUGAUUUCUUCUAAACGACAGCAAGCCAGAUGGAACAAUUUCACGGGGUGCUUAGUACCAGUACGAUCUUUAAUCCAAGUAAUGUUUUUGAUAAUAAUUUGGUAGGUUACUUUUGGGAUACAUGCAAAUGAUCCUAUAUAUAGCAAGCUUUUACAGAAGUGACUUUUCCAUUGUUGACGUUCAGGGGGUAAUGUUCAAACAAUUUCCAAGAGGGUGACCCCCAAAUCAUGAACUUUUGGGUUGGCCCUUAAUGAAGCCCCAUGAUGAUGACCCGCCUAAAAUUUAAAAUUUGAUUGUAUUAAAACUCAGUUGUAGGGCAAUUGUGAUUGUGAUAUAUUUUGGAAUAUUUUCUUUUGACCAACUGUUUCAUUGAACAAAAGCCGCUGGCCAAAAAAAAAGACAGAAGAGCAUGUGAAGAGUUCGUUUCCUUAGUUGUGGUUCGUUUGUAGUAAAGUAUACAAAGUGUAUGUUUUAUUCUAGGUUAUGAUCUGGAUUAUAUUAUUGUUGACCUGUUGUUUUUUUGUCAAUCAGUUUUUGCUGCACAUUUACUUAUGUGAAUCACGCCCAUUAAACCAAGCCACUGAAAUCAAAACGUA